AUGGACGGAGCGGCGGAGCCCGAGGCGGACGCGCUGGUCAAGCGGGGAGCGGGGGGCGGCGGCCGCGCCCGCCGGGGCAACUGGUCUGGGAGUCUUAUUGUAGCCUCCUUAACUGGUGCUUUUGGGUCGUCUUUUCUUUACGGUUACAACCUGUCGGUGGUGAACGCUCCCGCAGGGUAUAUCAAGAAGUUUUAUAAUGAAACGUGGGAGAGGAGAUAUGGCUUCUCAGUGGAUGAAGGCACGCUGACGCUCCUCUGGUCCAUAACAGUUUCCAUUUUUGCCAUUGGUGGCCUUGUGGGUGCCAUUAUUGUUACCCCAAUUGUGAAGUUCUUUGGAAGGAAACGCACAUUGGUGCUCAAUAACGUGUUUGCAGUGGCAGCUGCACUGUUGAUGUCCCUGUCCCUGCUGGCAGGCUCGUUUGAAAUGCUCAUACUGGGCCGCGUUAUCAUGGGUGUGGAUGGAGGCAUUUCAUUAAGUGCCCUCCCCAUGUAUUUGAGUGAAAUAUCUCCUAAGGAAAUCCGUGGUUCAUUGGGUCAGGUCACAGCGAUUUUCAUUUGCAUUGGUGUUUUCACUGGUCAAGCUUUGGGUGUGCCAGAAAUAUUUGGGCAAGAAUCUCGGUGGCCUUUCUUAUUUGGAGUAAUCAUUGUUCCAUCAUUGAUACAAGUCGUGAUUCUGCCUUUUCUUCCUGAAAGUCCUCGGUACCUCCUACUCGAAAAGCAUAACAGGAGCAAGGCAGAAAAAGCAUUUCAGAGAUUCCUUGGGAAAGAUGAUGUGUCUCAGGAAAUAGAAGAAGUUCUGGCAGAGUCUCGAGCCCAAAGGAACACCAAGCUGGUGUCGGUUGUUCAGCUGCUGAGAACCCGCGCGGUGCGAUGGCAGAUCCUGACCGUGGUCGUCACCAUGGGCUGCUACCAGCUCUGUGGGCUAAAUGCUAUCUGGUACUACACGAACAACAUCUUUAGUGAAUCUGGGAUCAAUCAUGAAACAAUCCCUUACGUUACACUAAGUACUGGUGCUGUUGAGACACUGGCUGCUGUUUCCUCUGGCUUAGUUAUUGAACGGCUUGGGCGCAGGCCUCUCCUCAUUGGAGGUUUUGGGCUGAUGAUCAUCUUCUUUGCAGUACUCACUGUCUCCCUGACUUUACAGAACACUGUGCAUUGGCUUCCUUACCUCAGUAUAUUUUGCAUCCUUGCAAUCAUUGCAUCGUUCUGCAUUGGACCAGGUGGGAUUCCCUUUGUCCUCACUGGAGAGCUUUUCCAGCAGUCACAGAGGCCAGCUGCAUUCAUGAUAGCUGGGACAGUCAACUGGCUCUGCAACUUCACAGUGGGACUGCUCUUCCCUUUCAUCCAGGCUGGUUUACAGACCUACUGCUUCCUAGUGUUUGCUGGCAUCUGCUUUGCAGGAGCAGCCUACUUGUUUUUUGUCCUGCCUGAAACAAAAAAUAAGACAUUUCAUGAGAUCAGCCAAGCAUUUGCCAAAAGGAAUAAAGUAACUUUAGAAAUGCAAGAGAUGAACCACCACCCAGGGGAGAGGAAACCAAGUGAAGAACAAGAAUCAAACUUCACAUCUCCAGUGGACAAUGGGGAAACCAUAAAAGGGAUUGUGUAAACCCAGGAUGUUCUUUCAGGCAAUGGGGGAAAGCGUGCUCUUUUCAUUUAUAGCAGUGCAGAACUUGUAUAUUUUAUGAACAUCAUGAACUGCUUCUCCCUUGAAGAUGUUCUAAGUGAGUAUGGGUGAACUCAUUAGCAGCUGGGGUAACAGUUGAGACAAUGAGGGGUGGGACAAGUGGCAACUGAUAAAAUAAAUGAGAUGGAGUUUCCUUGGCACCAGUUAAGCAAGUGCUGUGGUGAGUGGGAUG